CGCUGCUCGAAACUAACUGGCGCGAUAAUAUUCGACGCAAUACUUUUCCUCUUCGCGGGAAGUUUUUAUUACGAGAAACUCCUGACUUUUAUUGUCGCCUGACUUGUUUUCAAGCCAACUACGCGCAACGGGUUCCUUUCCGCGCCCCUUUGAACUUUUCCUUCCAUUCGCAUUAGUUACGCUCCCGCGCGCUUUCAAGCUCUGCGCUGGCCCCGCGAGCGCUCCAUUCUUCUUUCAUUGCGCCUAAGUACUGAAAAUCAGCGAAGCAUCUCGAUGGCCUUUCGUCAAUGAAUCCCAUCGCAUAACCAAGCACGCAUCCACCCGCAACAAACGGGAACCAACAACAUGCGUCUCCAUCUCAUCAUCCAACGACACGGGCUCCCCGUCACGCGAAUCCUAUGGACGACUUCUCCUCCAUCAACUCAGGCGGUACCAGCGCCUAGAUCCGCAUCGUCUGCAUCCGCUCUUACAUCGACGCGAACACCGAACGCGACGUACGGAAAUGAUGACUACACCAUCGCGCAGUUGCUCGAGGAUGUGAACGAGGUGAUCCCACUCGAGACGAAGGGCGGAAGCAUUACUGGCGCGAGAGGCGAUUAUAAUGGCGAAGAGAACGAAAUCGGACAGUGGGGUCUAGAGGAUUAUGUGGUUGAAGUGAAUGGGUUCGAGUGUCUGCAUUUCAUGGAAGUGGAGGGUUUGUUGAGGGAUGGGGACGAGGUUGUUAUUCGAGCUCUACAACUCUCCGAUAUGAGAGCGAGGCGCAUAUCAGGCCGACUUCAGAUCUCGAUGGAUGGAAGACACUUGAUUGAUGGAGUCCCGUUUGGGCGACCGUAUCUGAAGAGAUCGUUCUCUGCAAGACCUACGGUUAAUAUCCCGCCUCGGAAGCGUCGACGCAUCUCGUUUUCCGGAUGGAGUGCCGGUGACGAUCUUGAGGAAGAUGUGCGGUGGGAUUUGCCACGGAAUUUACACACCGGGAAAGAGAUGUCUCUCUUCGACAUCCAGGAUGAUGUCGCGUCAGAUCAAGGCACUGUCAUCCGGCACCCACCUGAUGAGCUCGCCGGAGCGCAGGAUUCUGACAGCGAUGCGGAUACUUCCGAAAUUGAUGAAGGGGACCUGGCAGAGGAGCUUAAUGCGUUGAAAGAAGACCUACGGCCAGAUGAAACCCCUGAAGUGGAAACGACGGAAGCUAUACGUACCAGAAGAUCAUCCCGUCGAGUGUCGCAGUUAGGUGUAAGCUCUGAACAAACAGAACCGAGUGGGACGACCCCGACUGGAAGUCCUGCUGUCCGCAAGUCCUCCAUAGUCACUGACCGUCGUCCUGAGAGUGUGACGGAAUCCCCCAAGAGGACGAAGAAUGUCAGAUUCCAGAAGGAGAGUAAGGAAGUUUCCAGCUCUUCGGAAUCAGAGGCUUCUGGAAUAGAUAGAAAGGUGGGCACAGCAGCAAGCGAUUCCAGUUCUAUCACGUCUUCCGAUGAGGAAUCAAGCUCCGAGUCAGAUAUAUCCACUUCUGAGUCAGAUGAUUCGACAUCCGAGUCUGACGAAGAAUCGACUUCUGAAUCGGAAUCAGAAGAAUCCACAUCGGAGUCGGAGUCUGAGUCGGAGGAUGAGGCUGUCAAGAAGCCCAAAGUUAAUCCUCCGGGGAAGGGUUCUGUACUGACGAAGAAGACAAACCGUCGCAAUAAAAUGCGAAGGAAGCUAGUGAAACUAAAGGAGCUCGGCCUUCUACCUCCAGAUGCGGACUUUACUGCACUGAGAGCGUUCGAGGAAGCGAAUGGGCGCAGUCUCCCUCUUACAGAGGUUACGGGCGCGACCGAGCCAAGACCGCAGUCCAAAGAACAGCUCGAGUUCGAAGCCAAGCGGCAGAAGCUGCUUCGAGACCUACAGACUGGCGGGGUGGAUAUUGACGGGUGGUCAGAGAAAGAGAAUGUGCCGCCAGCUCACUAUACAGAUCGAGAGGUCCCAGAACAGACAGCCAAAAAGGAUGAGCCUGCUCCGGAGACUCCUCAGGAGAAGCCUGACGAGACGGCUAAUGAGCCAUUGAAGAAACGGUCAUUAGACGUGGCCAGCUCCAAGCGGCUGCUGUUUGGGUCGCUUGGACUGAGGACGCCGAAAUCCAAGGAAGAGGCGGAUGCCAUGCGCGCAAAGCUGACUGCCAAAGCUAAAACGUUCAUCUCACAUAAGGAAGACGCGGACAAGGAGGAUCAGGAAGCAGCAAGCGAUGCGGAAGAGAACUGGCAAGAGAAGUUGGUUAUCAAAGCGACGGAGUGUGUCUUUGAUGAUAUUGAGCUUUCGGCGCCUCCCUUCCCAUUCGAACAGCGCUGGGACGAAGAGGCCCAUGAGAUUAUCGCGGAACGCAAGGGAUGGGGUAGGAGAAAGGGUCGACGGAAGAGACAGAAGAUUGCUCAGGCGCAGGAGCAGGAGCAGGAGCAAGAACAGGAACAGGAAUAUAGUAACGGCUACUGGGAUGGCGAGAACGGCGAUGUCUCUCUCAACUACGACGAUGAAUCCUACCUUCAAGGAGAGGAAACCAAUCAUACCGGUGAGGACCAUGCAAUGACAGAUGCCAACGGGACGACAGAGGAACCAUGCGACCUCCCUACUGUUCCAGCGGACGUGGGUACUCUACCAGACCUGGUUGAAGGACAGGUGCAGAAUGGUGCCAUCAUCGCGUUUAAACAACUAGAUAUGUCCAAGGCGACGAACUGGCAACCUAAGAUAUCAGAGUACCGCGUGGCACGGGUGGACAGCGUCCUGGAGGACAAAACAAUCAAGGUCCAGCUAGCUAAACGGGACCGGGAGCAGCGAACUGACGGGGAGGAGGACGAGGAAGGCCGUCGUGAAUACAGCGGGUUUGAGAUGCCGGGGUUUGACGAGGAGACGGAAGAGGAUGAUGGCUUUCGGGAACUGUCAUUCGCGGAACUCAUCGAGCCCAAGCUGCUACAAGCCGCGCCGGCAGGCGAAGGCGAUGCGCAGGGAGUCAGCGUUAUCGGUAGAGAGUCCGCAGUCCUGGAUGACAAUAAAGCCGUAUCCAACGAAAGCCAGAACACAUCAGCUGAACCAGGCGUGGUUACCGUCUCCUCCCAGACCCGUAACGAGAUUUCCAUGCUGAUCAACGACGCUGGGUUCCGGUCGAAGAUUGAUUCUGAUCUCGUUGCGUCAGAUGAUAGUUUUGACUUCUUGCGGCCUUUCUCUGAUUUCGAUGACAGCUCCCAACAAGAGCAGAACGAGAAGCAGGAUGAUAACCAAGAUGACCACGCCUCCUCGAGCUCAUCCGUCAAGUCUCCCACUUUUACAGGCUUCCCUUCGAGUCCUCCUGAUAUUGAAGCUGGCAAAAAACGAGCAGGAUCCCAACGAUCUACCCCAUCCCCUUCUGCCCGGCAGCAUUCAGAUCGAAAUCCCGAACCGUCCGGAGGCGCGUCUUCACAGGCCAACUCUGCCAGUGAAAGGCCACAGUCGACGCCUCAGGAAAAGUCAACCGCAGACCAUCCCCAACUGCCGACCCAGGCUGAGAAUUCUUCUCAUCCAACGGACGACGAUUACAAAGUGCCAGUGUCCUAUCAAGCUCAGGCCCUUUCGGACGACCCAUCAUCGAUGCCAUUCAGUUCGCAGGUCGAAAGCCAAGUAACCUCCAGAGGAAGCUCGAUGGUGCCUAAUCCAUUCUACGAAGUCGAUCGCGCUCACGAAGAACGUCUAGCCGCACAACAAGAAGACUCUUCUAUCCCCAGGAUAGCAGCAGAAGAGCCAAACGAGACACAACAGACCGACUGGGCCGAGUUCGAUCUCCCUCCAAUCGACAUGCUCAUCUCCUCAACCGCACCAGCUCGCACUACAGCGAGGACUCGCUCUCCAUCAACCCGACCAGCAGAACGACAGGCGAUUUCCUCUCCUCAACGUGCUCCUUCUCCCAGACCUGGCGCAGAAUCAGAACCGACGAACGAGAACCGCAACAUAGCUCCCUUCCGCGCCUCCGAAAUCGUAGAUCUGACGCAAACAAGCCCCGCAGCCUCAGACGAUGAAGGCAGCGACCAAGACUUUGCACGAUCUCAAGGCCUUCCUCGUGGUCCGGGCUGGGUUCAGAAAAACGUGCCACCUACACGAAGAAAGACUCGAUCGUCAACAGACGAAGCGGCACUAUUAGAUGGGAGCAGCAUCAGUCCACAGCGGGGUCCUGCUCGACGACGAGGACGGAGAGGUCGAUGAAGGGGAUGAUUGUAAAUGAUACGAUGAAGUGAAGUGUGUGAGAUAAUUUUGAUUUUUGAGAUACCUUUGUAGUUAGCUUUGCUUUUUGCUUGGUGUGAGAAAGGAAUGGCUACUGUAUUGUUUACUUUGGAGUGUGCUAUAUAGUGUCCUACCCUCGAAUUUAGUACAUCGUGCAUGUAAGGAUAGUAUUACCAGAAAAGACAGACGUCUGAAAUACUUGGAUAGCGUCAA